AUGAUCGUAAACAUAGUACAACUGGUACUAUUUCAAGUGAUGCAAACAUGCAAGAUGUUAUUUCCUCAGUACCCAGACAUCAAUUUAUGACACAAAAUUCAGAGCUGCAUCUUUCCGCUAGGUCAAAUAACCAACAAACUUUAUCACAGCAACAUUAUGCGCAAUAUAUGAGUCAAAUGAAUCAAGCGAAUCUAGCCCGAGAAAUGGCGCAGAAGCGUCAAAUUGAACAGCAACAGCGACAACAACAGCAGCAUUAUGCACAUAUAUUGUCGAAUCCUCAAAAUCAACAGACAUCUCAUUUUCGACCAUCAAGUUAUAUAUACAUGCAUCAGCAACAAUCUAACCAGCAAGUGCACCAACAGGCACAGCAUCAGCAAGUUCAACAACAAUUUACACAUCAACAUCAAAUUCAGCAUAGAAUAGCGAAUUCUAUUCAGGUUCCUUCUCACAACAUUACAUCUAAUUCAACACAAACAUUUAUUAAUAACAAUUAUUCCGUACCUCGUAUAUAUUCUUCACAUUCUUCACAUUCUUCACAAUACGUAUUGGGAUUACCAAGUAAUAACAAUACAUUAGUUGGCCAACAAUUGAUCAACACAGGUCACCAUACCACAAGUUCAUCGCAACAUAAUAACAACGUUUCACAACAAAGUUCUUUCUCAACUCACCAGUCUUCUGAUUAUAAUACAAAUGAAAUGAUGGUUGGGCAACUUCAUAGACCUUUUAAUGGGACUAGCCGUUCCGGUCAUUUAUUUACUCGGACACCUCAGUCUCAGGUCAGACCACACGUUCAUUAUCAACAAGCGUUGCAUAGAGUUCCUGGUAUGAAUUCCAAUAUUAUCGGACGCCCAACAUCAUCAAUAAGUAGUACACCAGCCAUGGGUGAAUUAAGUUAUAAUCAUCCUAUUUUACAAUCCAGGCCUUCCAUAGUAAUGCCCAGUACAGCGCAAGGAGUGCAAAAUGUAGUGGGUCAUGGGCAUGCACAUAACUUUACUAAUUCUCCAAGGCCUUUUUCUGGAGAUCAACAACAACCAUCAUCAUCAGAACGAAGUGACAGCCGACUUUCAUCACCAAUAUUAUGCCCUAAAAUAGAACCUCCGUCCUAGAUGAUGAAUUUUGCACUAAUUCAGUUAAAAUAAAGAAUCUUUCUUGUUUUAAUUGAUAAUAGGUUUUGUUUUUAUUUUAUUUUGUCAUGUUAAUAAGUAAAUUAUCAAUCUAAUUUUCAUCUGUACAUUUUUCAAAGAUGUUAAAUAGUUAAUUUUAUAGAUACGCAAUAAUUUUUACCACCUAUUUUUAUAAAUAAUAAUAAAAAAUGUAAUUUUAUAUGUAUAUUUUUUAUUAAUUUAAAAGAAAAAUAAAAAUUC